AUGUCUACUACUAUGUUCGCCAAGCCUUCCCGCCCGCUGACAUGGCUCAUUACCGGUUGCUCGUCUGGUCUUGGUCUUGCACUGACUCGCGAAGUUCAGCAGCAUGGACAUACGGUCAUUGCAACAUCUCGACAGCCAUCCCGUACCCCAGAUCUCGUCGCGGAAGUCAAGGCGAAUGGCGGUGAAUGGCACGCGCUCGAUGUGGACGAUGCGACCGCGGCAGGAGUUCUCGUGGGGAGAUUGGAGGCAUCGGGACACAAGAUAGAUGUCCUGGUUAAUAACGCUGGAUACGUUCUGUUCGGGGCCGUGGAGCAACUCUCGGAUGAGGAGCGCCGGCGACAAAUGGAGACAAUGUACUUCGGACCCAGUCGUCUGAUCCAAGCGCUUGUUCCUCGCAUGCGUCAGCGACGCUUCGGAAUCAUUGUGAACAUUAGUUCCGGUGCUGCGUUGGAUGGCCGCGAUAGUAUGGGAGGGUAUGCGGCUGCGAAAGCUGCACUGGAUGCUUCGACACGUGUUCUCGCCAAAGAGGUUUCUCCAUUCAACAUUCGCCUACUGACAGUGUGGUUGGGCACUUUCAAUACAAACAUCGGCAAUGCCUCUUCGAUCGCGCAAGCCCCGUUGCUGGACGAUUAUAAGGGAUCAGUAGCGGAGCAGAUGAUGAAUGCAGUCAAGAGCGAUGAAUUUGUCGGAGAUGGCGAUAAGGAUAAGGCGUCCAGGGCGAUCUUCCAAGUGGCGGUCGGUGACGGGGUUGGAGCUGGCCACGAGACUGAACGCUUCCUGCCGAUGGGCCGAGAUAUGGUUUCGCGAGUUGGCCUUGUUCGUGAUCAAUUUGCGCAUGCGUUGGAUGUAUUUGCAGAUGUUGCUGGGAAUGUCUAUACCGGAUAA